AUGGAGGAGCCUGAGCCCAACGGCGGUCGGCCGCCUUCCGGUGCGGAGAUGCGGCCGGCUCGUCAGUCACCCAAAGCUUCCCGCCCCGAAAAUGACGACGACAACGCAAGAGAGACGCAACAACAACAUCCGUUCCAUCACCGUGACCUGUCCCCGGAUGUGCGUGGACGGGACGACAAGGCCUUACAUCCGACCGCCGCAGAGCACUUCCGUCACUUAUCACUGAGUCCGGCCCCGAGCGGCAGACUCUCCCCGGCACCGCAUGGCUCAUACAACCCAGCCCACGGGCAACCCUUCCAGCCCUACAAGCAAUCAUCAUGGGCCCGCUUCUGGGACCGCAACAAGCCCGCCAUCCUCGUGGCGCUGUCCCAGCUGUUCGGCGCCUCCAUGAACCUCAGCGCGCGCCUGCUCGAGCUCGAGGGCGAGGGCAUGCACCCGGUCCAGGUCCUCCUCCUGCGGCAGAGCCUGACGUCGAUAUGCUGCCUGACCUACAUGUGGUGGAUGCAGGUGCCCGACUUCCCCAUCGGCAAGCGCGAGAUCCGGUGGCUGCUCGUCGCCCGAGGCUUCACGGGCUUCUUUGGCAUCUUCGGCAUGUGGUACUCCAUGAUGUACCUGCCGCUGGCCGACGCCACCGUCAUAACGUUCCUGGCGCCGGGCGUCGCCGGCUUCGUGUGCUGGUUCCUGCUGCGCGAGCCGUUCACGCGCAUCGAGCAGCUGGCGACCGUCGUGGCGCUCCUCGGCGUCGUCUUGAUAGCGCAGCCGGCGGCCCUCUUCUCCGGCGGCACGUCAUCGUCCACCGGCGGCGACGACCACUCGACGACGGAGCCGCCCGAGCAGGGCCUGCCGGGGGCGGACCACCAGACGACGGCGCAGGAGCGGCUCGUGGCCGUGGGCGUGGCCCUGCUGGGCGUGCUGGGCGCGGCCGGGGCCUUCACGACGCUGCGCUCCAUCGGCAAGCGCGCGCACCCCCUCAUCUCGGUCAACUUCUUCGGCAUGACGUGCACCGUCAUCUGCGUCGUGACGCUGUGCGCUGCGCCGCAGCUCGACGUCGGCCAGCCGGCGCUGCGGUGGAUCACGCCCACGUCGCCCAAGCAGUGGUUCCUGCUGCUCGCGCUGGGCGCCCUGGGCUUCGUGAUGCAGUACCUCCUCACGGCGGGGCUGGCCGCCGACAAGUCCAACCGCGCCAACGCCAUGGUCUACACGCACAUGCUCUUCGCCGUGGCGUUUGACCGCUGGGUGUUUGGGCACCGCAUGGGCGUCAUGAGCUUCCUCGGCUGCGCGCUGAUCCUGGGCAGCGCCAUCGGCGUCGUCUUCAUGAAGAAGCCGCCCUCGCCGCCGAAAGUGGAGGACGUCGAGAGGCAGAACAACGUGAGCGGCGAGGCGGAGGGUUCGCCGAUGCUCAUGGGCGUUGGCGGCAACGCGGAGAGUUGUGACCUUGCUUAG